UUCGCUUAAAUCUUCAGUGCGGCAACCACGCAUUUCAGAUCAGUAAAGUCGUCAGCUCACUUUGUGCUUGUCAUUCGUUGUCGAAAUUUUCUAUUAAAGUUCUUCAUAAUGGAAAGACCAGUCAACACAGAUUGCCUCAUUGGUGUUGAAGCCAACUAUGAUGUCAAGGAUGCUAUGCUUUUUGGUGUAAGAAAAAGCCGUACUUUGGAUACCAUCACCACUGCUCAUCCAUUGGAAGCAGCUCUGGCUAAGCAUUCCCUGAAACAAGAAGAAAUUGAUAUGAGAAUGUUGAGAACUAUGCAAGGCCUGCAUGCUCCUAUCCGUCUUCACAUGGAAAAACUUGCCGUGAAGGAUAUUGGACAUUUGCCGUGCCUUCAUCGUCACAAUGCCAUGCUUGAUGCACUGACUGGCAAAGAUUCAACAAUUGAAUUUGAAGAUUUCUUGAACAAUCAGCAAGACUCAGAAAUCAUGGGACAGCCACAUGUCAUGAUUGAAAGACAACUUGGAAUGUUGUAACAAGUAAUUUUUGAAUUUUGGGAAUCCAAUAAAUCUUUUCACUAA